CCUUACAACGCAGUUCACGGUGAACACACAGAGAGGCCAAUGAUGUGCAGAAAACAGGUGACGUUGAUGCUCAUAGUAGCGGUCACGGCAAGGGCGUUACCGAUAGCUGACCCUAAGACGGACCACAUCACGCCCAUAAACACCGACCUCGCCAUUCAGCCGGAGAUCAAUCAUUCCGGAGGAAAGACGCCCAUCAUAUCGGAAAAAAUACCGUCCACGUACACCAUCGAAAAGGAGGUCGGAGAGGAUGUUGAAGUUGAGCCGAAACCUUACAAGACACCCGAAGUGGAUUCGGUUGAGACAGUUGUUUCAGACGUGGAGCCGGUAGUCGCACCGGCGGCUCACAGUUCCUUCCGCGCACACGCGGAAGAGAAGGUAGAGGCCGAGAAGGCGCCAACUCUGUCGGUCGGAGACAUUGGCGCCCAGGACCCAGUAGAGAGCCCCAACCUGCACAAGGUGGUGUUAGAUACCGAAAGUGUUCCCCAUGAAGGGGCGACAAGCACCGUCAUCGUGGACGACGAGGCGACCAGGGACGAGAAGGUUCCCGAUGGCGUCGAGCAGUACGGCUCCGCGCUCGAGUUCAGCAAGUACGACACCAACAGCGACGGAGUAAUCGACAUCGACGAGUGGAGCACCAUCCACGGAGGCCACGAGAAGAUCAACGGCCAGUUCCACGCCGCCGACAUCAAUGGUGACAAGCAGCUGGAGGAGAAAGAGUUCCAGGGAGCCAGCUGGUACCACGACGGCGACCAGGGGGCCGACAUUGCCCGAGACGCGCUGAUGCUCGCCAUUGCCGAGCAGGCCGCCACAGCAGAGCACAACCACGCCAUGGCGGCGGCAGUGAUGCCUUCCACCGAGUUGCGGUACAUCGUGGACGACGCCCAGAGCGUGCCCGUCAUUCCCGCAGAGCCCGUCGUCGUGGAUCCAGAGAAGUCGGUCGUGCCCAGCGUCAACGUAGACGCAGCCGAUUUUUCGAUCGCUCCUCCCAAAGGUGUCGCUGCCGAGCCCGCAGUUCACAGCAAGGAUAAGUCGGAAGUUCCCCAGGUUGCAGAGGUGCUCAAAGAUGUCCAGCCGACGGACACAACGGAAAACACCAGCUCGACUUCUUCAAAGCCUGCGGUUACCGCGAACGAGCACGGCAAGGUGACGCCCGCAGCGUGACGCGUUGUCGCGAACCACAGAACCACGCGCCCUCCUUAAGUUUCAAUAAGAAAGAACUCUCGGUGCUUUCUGUCAUCGGGAACGGCUACAUUUAGAGAAUUCGAUCCAGAUGCAGCACCUUUUUCUCAUCGCCUUUCUGUACUAAGUUCGCGUAAUUUAUUGCACCAUUGUUGCUUUUGCUAGGGAACGCUGCAUCUGUUCGUUUGACUUUUUUCCCCUGAUGAGGUACUCUCGCUCCGGAUAUUGGGCUUUCUGUGUCAAGGUGGAUGGGCUGAUGGACAAAAUGUCGACAAAAUAUGUGCAUUUAUGCCUUGUUAAUUUUUUACAAAUAAAUGCCACCUCAAGAUGGCCACAGGUGA